CUAGGGGGGUUUGAACAAAGGGAUACUCCCUAUUUCUGCGUGCAAGUGACCCCUGGUUGGGUUGUUACAGCCUGUUGCUGCCUUGGUGCGUUCUGAACCAACACCUUCAUCAGCCCUGUGAAGACUUGGGAUAGGCAUCAGCCAUGCGGAUCCUGUACCUGCUCUUCCCAUUCUUCCUUCUCUUGGUCCAGGGUGCUGCAGGGUCCUCCCUGGCUCCAGGAAAUAAGAAAGAAUGUCAACGACAAAAAGGCUUCUGUGGAUUUCUGAAGUGCCCUUUCCCCUUUAUCGUCAAUGGGAAAUGUUCAAGGUUUUUCUUUUGCUGCAAAAAGUAA